GGGUCACUUGCCACAUCACAAUCACCAAAAUCAAACCCCAACAACAUAAAACCCUCUUAAAAACCCAAACCCAAGAUUCUCCUAUUCUCCACCCACAAAAUAGUACAAUUUUUUAAGGCCUUAUUCAUUGUUUUUCAUUUUAACAAAAACAAGGGUCUUUUAACAAAAAGGGUCAUUUUUUUUUUCCCUUCAUGGCUCUGAUCACAUCACAGCCUAAACACCCUCUUCUUAACCAAAUUACCACUGUUCACUGUGCAAUUCCAAGGUUGAACAAAACUGUGAUUGGUCUUGGAUCCUUCACAAACAAUGUUAAAACCAUUAAAGUUUGUAACUUUAACUCAAACCCAAGAAAAUUCACUCUUCAAAAUCACAACUUUAUUACCUAUAACAAUAACAAGAAGCCAAUAACAGCAGCAAAUGCUGCAUUUUCCUCAGAACCUUUGGUGCCACCAGAACAAGAACAACAAGAGCAAGGGCCAUUGAGGAAUCAGAGAAGGAUUCUGCUAUCUGAUGUGGUUGUGGAGAGAGAGAGGAAAGUGUUAUUUGGAAGGAAAUGGAACUCAUUGGAUGUUGGAACUGCUGGUGUUGUUCUUGCCAUGCAUGUUCUUAGUCUCUUUGCACCAUUUCAAUUCAAUUUCCAUGCUCUUUGUGUUGCUUUGGCUUUGUAUGUUGUGACUGGUCUAUUUGGUAUCACACUCUCUUUCCAUAGAAACCUUUCUCAUAGGAGCUUCAAGCUUCCCAAAUGGCUUGAAUAUACAUUUGCCUAUUGUGGAGUUCUUGCUCUUCAGGGUAACCCAAUUGAUUGGGUUAGCACUCAUAGGUACCAUCACCAAUUCUGUGAUUCAGAGAGAGACCCUCAUAGCCCCACUGAAGGAUUCUGGUUCAGCCAUAUGAGUUGGCUAUUUGAUACAAAUUCUAUCAUAGAAAGGUGUGGGGAGACAAACAAUGUUGGUGAUUUAGAGAAACAAUCUUUUUAUAGGUUUAUAAGAAGUAGUUACAUUGUUCAUCCACUUGCUUUGGGAGCUCUUCUUUAUGCCAUUGGAGGAUUUCCUUUUCUUGUUUGGGGAAUGGGUGUGAGGAUUGUUUGGGUGUACCACAUAACUUGGUUGGUAAAUUCAGCUUGCCAUGUAUGGGGGAAUCAAUCAUGGAACACCAAGGACUUAUCCAGAAACAAUUGGUGGGUGGCAUUGCUUGCAUUUGGUGAAGGUUGGCACAAUAACCACCAUGCAUUUGAGUAUUCAGCUAGACAUGGCUUAGAGUGGUGGCAAUUGGACAUGACUUGGUAUGUGGUUAGGUUCUUACAAGCAAUUGGAUUGGCCACUGAUGUGAAGCUACCCUCUCAAAGUCACAAGCAAAAAAUGGCAUUCAAUGAAUAAUGAAUGUAUGAUUUGACUAUGUAUAGGAAAAUUAUCAGGUGUACCGAGGAAUAUCGGUGUUCCAGUUGUUUUAACCGUUGAUUUUAAUUAAUAUAUAUUAUAUAUAUUUUUUAUAAUUAAGAUCAACGGUUAAAACAACUGGAACACCGGUGUUCUCGGUACACCUGAUAACCUUCCCUAUGUAUAAGGUCACUAAUAGUUUAGAUAUAAAAAAUUAUAACCAUUUUACUUAAAAAGGGGGUUAAUGGUGAAAUUAGUAGCUAAAAAUGGAGUCAUUUUUCAAUUUUUUUUUGAAAAAUUUUAUUAAUUAAAUUAAUCCUUUAAA